AAACAACAAAGUGCAAACAAAAGCGAGUGGAGGGAAUAAUAAUUCAAGCUGCAGAAAUUUUGUUGCAACAAUUCACAACACAAAAAAAAACUUAACUUCAAUUUAUGUUGAUGCAAGAAUAAAAAAAACAAGCAGAAAGAAGGAAGGAGAAAAAAAAACAAAAAUUUAUAGAAAAUAAACAGCAAGAAUUUCAACAAAGUAACAAAUGGCAGAUUUUUAAGGUUUCAAUGUAACCGAUUACCGUUCAACACAUGCAACAAGAGUAGCUUUAAACAAACACAAAAAAAUACAAAAAUAAAUGUUAUAAAAAAAAUGUCGAUAAUGGCACAUCGAUUUGGCAACCGGGACGCUGGCGAAGAGUCCUCGGACCAGGAAGAUUUAGUCGAUGCCUCGGGCGGAUCCGAGCUCGAUGACGAGGUAACUGACAUGGAUGAGAUGCAAUUUGCUUAUUGCAAAACAGACGCGCCCUUUCUGAAUCCCGUUGAUCCGGUUGGCGAGAAUAGCAGCACGCGCACCACAACAACAAAAAUCGAGACAAAAGUUAAGCUGAUAAUGCUCGGCGUUGGGUUGUUGCUGCUCAUCAGCACGUUCAUAUUGCUCUUUUUGCAUCCGUUGUACAUGAAACAACUCGAGUUAGGGGGUAGCGAUAAGUUUAAUGCGUUCGGAUCGCUCUUUUUCAUCUCGACAAUUGUCACGGCGUUGCUCGUGUGUGCCACUGCAACGUGUAACUGGUUGUUCAAGUGGAAGUUGAGGACUUUUCAGUUGCCGAUUCCAGCAAAGGGUUUGUGCAUCAUUUCGACGUGUUGCGGCUUGGCAGGGACUUUUUGUGCCAUCGGCUCGUACAAACGUGUGCCAUGUCACUUGCAGGAUCCCCUAAAAGGGGCCGCUUUAGUGUAUUCGUUAGUGUUUUACUUCUUUUUCUGUCGUAAAGUUAUGGGCCUCCAGCGGAUUUUCUCGGCGACAACUGCUGUCGUUGGGUUGUUCAUCUCCGUUGAUUACGGGCUGUGUGACGAGUUUCGAUGUCGAGGGAAGGAUAUUGUGACGGCAGAUACAAAAGUCACGACUGGAUGGCAAGAUCGAGCGGUUUGGACCUUGAUGUAUGUUAUUGGGAUCGCUUUGUGGACACUGCAUCUCUCGUUGUUGGAGGGUUAUGUGGUGACAUUGCCUGGCUCCAUCAUGCAAAACUUACCGCCAAUAAAUCUCCUGUCGACAGUUUCCCGCAUUGUUUCCCGUAACGAGCCUUUGCUGCAAGAACCUGAGCCCGCGAAACCCGUCAAGAAAUUCAAGCCGAAAGCGUUACACUUAUGCACGUGGAUCCACGUCAUCAGCUUCGCGUACGUCUUGUUACUCGGCUGGAUCGAUGUCAUUCCGCGUUCCGAGCAAACGCAUCGCAACACCAAAGCUCCGCCCAGUUUCUGGUCCAGUACGGGCAGCACCUUGCUCUGUCACGUCAACUUGCUGCCGGUGCAGUAUGAUCCGCGUUUGCACCAACAAACGUUGGACUAUCUCUCCAACAUGACACCUCACAGUGCGCUGUACAACGAAACCGUCCUUAGAUUACGUCGUCGCCAAAAACGCUCCGCCGCCGACUCGAGUGAUUUCAUAAAUCACGCAAAAUCCAUCAACAAUCCGACGAAAAAUGUAGAGGAAUCAACCACAACUGCGCCAAAUCUUCAUGCUGUCAAUGCCACGCAAAAUGCGAACAAGACGCAUCAUCACGACGCCUCCUCCUCGCACCACACGAAGAUCAAUACGGAGAAACAUUGGCGCAUCAUGAAGAACAAAAUCCGGCAGAAAAUUAAAUUUAUCGACAGUCAUAAUCAGCCGAUAACGCCGCUCUUCAAACAUGGCAGCACCGAGUCCGUGUUACCGCCAGAUAUUACGCCAAAUUGUCAUCGUGUGAGCAAUUAUGCAUGGCUUUUUAUAAUGACAUAUAUCGUGUUUGCCAUUAGUCUGUUCACCUUUUUAAUUUUGUCCGAGUCGACGGUGUUCACUGUUACAAUUAUAACGUCGGCAUUGCCGCUAAUUGGGAUAUUUUGGUCGUUGUUCGAGUUGCGCACCGCGGGAAAUACAGCUUUCAUCGCAUUCUCCCCUGAAGUAACCGGAGAACUCAUCUGCUCGCUCCUCGGCACUCCGAUUGUCUUUCUGGGCCUUGGUCUUCUGUGUCGCGCCCAUUUCCGCGACGGCUCUUCGUCAAUACCGCAUCAACGGCUCUACAACACACUUUCGUGA